CGUGUCACUUGACUGGAAGUUGAGGUUGUAUCUAUCCUUGCUCAAUACCGGCAGACGCAGGCGCUGUGCGACUCCCCCAAGGAACAUCUUCUGUCCAGCCCACAUUCCUCGGGUUCGGGCUUUGCAACAAUCGAUUGAAAGGUGAAAGACCCGCAUGUGUCACACAGGCAUCAUCCAUCCCCCGCGCACCAACUAGACACGAACUACAACACAUCAGCAUGGCUAGUGACAGCAAGCCCCAUGUCGUUGAAAUGGGCACCGUGCCGUCCGCUGGCGCGACAAAGCCCAGUUUCGGCAGCCGCGUUGCGGCUCAUUUCAAGCGAUGGUGGUGGGUGCACCUCAUCAUUCUGAUCGUGGUGGUUCUGGUCGUGGUGCUGCCAGUAGUCUAUGUGGGAUACCCCAAUAUCGCGCAGCAUGACAUCGACAAGUCAACCUUGAGUAUCACUAGCAUGCAGAUUAGUGAUCCGUCGCCCAAUUCCUUCCACCUGAAAGAGACGCAGAUCCUCGGCUCUAGCAGCGCUUUCAAACCAAACAUCUAUUCGUUUGGUGCGGCUAUCAGCCUUCUCGGCAGUGCUCCUUUUAUCACGGUCCAGAUUCCGAACUUCAAGGCACAUGAUGGCGUGCAGGUUGAUGUCGAUCAAGGCGUUAAUAUCACCGACACGGCGGCUUUUGCUGAGUUCAGCAAGGCGGUCAUCCUGAACAAGGAGAUCCAGUUAAACGUCUACGGCAAGGCUGAUCUGAAAGAGGGCAGCCUGCCCACGACAAAGAUCACCUACAACAAGACCACGACGAUCAAGGGUCUCAACAAACUUGAGGGGUUCGAGCUAGUCGACCUUUCCAUCUCAACUUCAGUGAAGAGUGGCAACAAUGGCAAAGGGACAGUGUACAUCCCCAACCCUUCCCCUUUCACGAUCACCAUGGGCAAUGUCACCCUCGAUCUCUCCGUCAACGGUACUGCCAUCGGCAAGUCCUACCUCACCGAUCUCACUAUCCACCCAGGCAACAAUACCCUACCCAUGACUGCCAAUGUUAGCACCCUCACUGUGGCAGGCAUGCUUGGCAGUUAUCCCACUCUGAUGAUCCCCGUGGACAUUGUUGGCAACGCGAGCGUCUACAACGGCGAGGAACUACCGUACUUCACCGAAGCUCUGGCUGCCAACAAAUUGAGCGUGCAGCUGAACGUCACGAAGGCACUGGGAAACAUUCUUUAGACUGAGGCCAUUCUUUCCCAUGGCGGAGUGGAAUGAAAAGUUGGGU